CGGGUCUUCGCGGCCCGCUCGCUUCCUGGUGACCUGAGGAGGAGGCAGGAUCCCAUUGAGGCAGUGGUGGGGGGCUUCAGGUCUGGCUGCCGGCAUGGCUUCGUUCUUUAAGAAGAAGACUGUGGAUGACAUAAUAAAGGAGCAAAAUCGAGAGUUACGAGGUACGCAGAGGACUAUAACCAGAGAUAGAGCAGCACUGGAAAAACAGGAAAAACAACUGGAACUGGAAAUAAAGAAAAUGGCUAAGACAGGUAACAAAGAAGCCUGUAAAGUGUUAGCAAAACAGCUUGUACAGCUGCGGAAGCAGAAGACUCGAACGUACGCUGUUAGUUCUAAAGUCACUUCCAUGUCAACUCAAACAAAGGUCAUGAAUUCUCAGAUGAAGAUGGCAGGAGCCAUGUCAACUACAGCAAAAACAAUGCAAGCAGUCAAUAAGAAAAUGGAUCCACAAAAGACACUACAAACAAUGCAGAAUUUCCAGAAGGAAAACAUGAAGAUGGAAAUGACUGAAGAAAUGAUUAAUGAUACUCUGGACGAUAUUUUUGAUGCUUCUGAUGAUGAAGAAGAAAGCCAAGAUAUUGUUAACCAAGUGCUUGAUGAGAUAGGAAUUGAAAUUUCUGGGAAGAUGGCCAAAGCUCCAUCAGCUGCCAGAGGCUUACCUGCAUCGACAUCAAAGCUGCUACCCAUAUCAGAUGAAGAGAUUGAACGACAGCUUAACUUAGGAGUUGAUUAGCCUGAUGGCAAUAUACAGUCUGCCUCCUAAUUAUUCUGCUGCAGACAGAUGUAAAAAGCGCAAAUACUCUUUCAGUGCAACUCCUGUCUAGGAAAGCUCUGAAGCUUUAAAAAUGACAACUUGAAGUUGGUACUGGGAAAGGAGAAAGGGAGAACGUUUUGGAUCAGUUUGCUGGGAGAAGUACACUUGGUUUGUCCAUUGCCUGGAGUCUCUUUGAGCACUGGAUUUAAUGCUCAGAAGGGAUGUAUUUCUAACCAUAAAUUCAUUUAUACUUGAUCUGAAUCUGUCCUCUGGAUUCAAAGUUUUCUUCUAUCUCAGUUCCUGAAAUAUCUAUAGAUUUGGCUAUUCUGUGACUGGUGGAGAUGUCUCUUAGGACAGUACCUGUAUAACUUACAUAAUUCUUAUAAAGCCAUCGCUGUAGGAAAAUGCUUAGUCUGUCAUCUUGGCAAAAUUAAACUUCCCUUUGCUUUUAGUUGGAAUCUGUUUUCUUUUGAUGAAAUAGACCUGGAAGUGUAGCAAACUUAGGCCGAAAGACAAAGCUUUUUAUAUAUUUCUUUCAAGUCCCUGUAGUAACUUAAAGAUGAUUAAAUAACAGCUGGUUAUUUUAAAUAAAGGGAAGGAUAUGGUCUUUGUGCAGUUAAUUUUACUGGAAGAGGAUUUAAAUUUGUUAGUGAACUUUGUUGCAUGAAAGGCACUGAUUAAACUAUUGUACUGUAACAUAGAUGGUUUCAGAUGAUUUCAACAGAACUGCUGUGCCUUUAUGUAUAUAAAUCUUGUAUUGUGAUGUUUUUCAGAAUGAGUUUUUGACAGAUGAGUAAAACUUGUAAUUAAGGCGGUUUCAGAAAACACUGUGGCGAGACCUCUGUGCACUGGUGAGGACUUUGGUUGCUGAGUUCAGAAAUGCAACUUGCAACAUUGCAACAAAGCAUUUGCCCUGAAACCAUUUGGACAUACUUUAGUUUUCUUAAUGGAGAUAAACUGUGCAAAAUUGUUUGUUUACUAAGAUGCAAUUAAUCGCAUUGAUAAGCUAAAUCUAAAUUUUAGUUUUGAGAACAAUUUUGGAUGAAAUUUAGUAAUUACUUGUGUAAGCGCUAUAAUAAAAACAAAAUGUUCUGGUUCUGAGAAGGUUUUUUUAUGGUCUCUGAACUGCAUCAGCAGUAUUCUAGCUUUAAGUGGAAUGCAUUUGGCUAAUAAGAACUGUGGAUACUGUAAAUAGAUGACAAAUGCAGACAAACUGAGAAUGCAGUUCCUAUUUAUGACUUUUGGGAAGGUGUGAGGUUCCUUAACCCUUAAGUCAGGUGGAGAUUAUUCUUCCCUCUGUUGUGCUGAUCUCGGGCUGUUCAUUGAAUGGAAACAAGAAAAUCCUCUUGGCUUGAAAGAGAGAAAAGCAAAGUACCUCCCAGAUGUAAUACCAGGAUAACUGUGGGAAGACACACUUCACAAAGAGACUCUGCUACUAGAGGAAGCAGAGUAGCCUCUUUGAAUCUACUGUUGUCACAGUCACUUCUGUCUGCUUUUUAGGACUGAAGUCAGCAGAUAAAUAAAAAACAUAGGUCAUCUGUUCUUUUGGCAUAGAAAUGCAAAUGUUCUUUCUCUUUGAAGGUGAGGCGUAGUGUCUAGCAAUCUAUGUUAACAUAUUGCAUAUAUCCAAUACAAGGUGAUUUUUUUUUAAUUUUAUUUUGUAAAAAUGCAAUAAAAGGCUUUUUAUUCUGCAA